UAAUAAUCAAACCAUAGAACGAUAGAACCAUAGAAAGAAGGAAGACAAAAAAAAAUGGCCAAGUCCUUCCCUCUGUUCUUAAGUCUUACGAUUCUCAUAAUUUUCAUCAUCUCUUCACCUCCGGUCCAAGCCGGCUUCGCCAACAACCUCGAUGGUCUAGAAUGGGCUACGAAUGGAGUCCAUGGUUCAGGCUGCCACGGUUCAAUAGCAGAGUGUAUCGGAGCGGAGGAAGAAGAAAUGGACUCGGAGAUCAAUAGAAGAAUAUUGGCGACCACAAAAUACAUAAGCUAUCAAUCUUUGAAACGGAACAGUGUGCCUUGUUCAAGAAGAGGUGCGUCUUAUUACAAUUGUCGGAACGGAGCUCAGGCUAAUCCUUAUAGUCGUGGUUGCAGCGCAAUUUCUCGAUGCAGGAGUUAGAAUUACAAAAAAAGAAAGCUAUAUAUCUUCUUGAUCUUGACUUAUGUUUUCUUUGAUCCAUCAAGUGUUUUUAUUUUUAUUAAAUAUUCAUCAUGUCUCUGCACAAUAGUAAAAACCUAUGUUUUGAUCAAACCGGGUUGCUUUGUUAUAUUGUAUGUGAAUAAUCAGGGUCUUAAUGAUCCAUGAAGUGUUUGGUUUUAAUUAAGGGAUCUUUGAAUACU